ACAAAAAAUUUGCCACUUGGUCUUGGUCUGUUAUACCUUGGGAAGCAGGAAAGUGUAGAAGCUACAGCUGAGGUCUCAAAGACAUUUAACGAGAAGAUCAGAAAGUACUGUGAUAUGACCCUACUUUCUUGUGCCUACGCUAGGACAGGGAAUGUUCUGAAGGUUCAAAACCUCCUUUGGAAUUGUGCUCAGCAUUUGGAGAAGGGUUGGAAUAGCAAUGGUGUCUAUGGCUGAGGAAUUGGGACUUGACAUGGCAAUUCGAACUUUGGAGCAUCUUUUGCAAUAUGGGGAACAGAACAUCCGGCGGUCAGUUCCUCUGGCUCUUGCCCUUCUAUGCAUAUCGAAUCCAAAUAUCAAUGUGAUGGAUACGCUAAGCAGACUUAGUCAUGACACGGAUUCAGAAGUUGCAUCAGCUGCAAUUAUUUCCCUUGGGCUGAUAGGUGCCGGGACGAAUAAUGCACGAAUU